AUGUCAACCCUUUCUGCAAUUUUUUCCAAUAAUUCUUCUUCAUCAGCCAUUAUUAUCCCUGGUGGACCCACGCUUUCGUACCCCGAGUUAUUUCAUCAAGUUCAAUUAUUUCAACGGCAAAUCACGGACUUGUAUGAAUUACGCGUUCAAGAUGUCGUCGCCAUAGUAUUACCGAAUUCCCUGGAGUUCACAGUUUCUUUUCUAGCCGUUACCCUGCUACGCAAUGUUGCUGCGCCUUUGAAUCCAAAUUAUACCGAGAACGAAUUCAAGUUUUACUUUGAAGAUUCAAAGAGUAAAGCAGUAAUUGUGCCAAAAGGUUGGUCUCAACAGAACAAAGCAGCGGUUAAGGCGGCAAAUGCUUUUGGAGUUUCUGUCACAGAAGCGGCGUGGGAUAAUUCACGUGGACAGAUAGUCUUGAAUGCUCCAAGUGGUAGUAACCACAGAGGAAAGUAUAAAGAACAAGAACCAAAUCCGGGCGAUGUGGCUCUUCUGUUACAUACUUCGGGAACCACCGGAAGGCCUAAAGGUUGA